AUGGAGGCCGAGCACAGCCCGCUGAGAAUCGUCCCCUACCACAGCCCCUCCCAUGCAAAUCCAAGGGGGCGGUCAUCAUGGAAACGCCCUCGCCAGUCAAGAGGCAGCAGGGGGUCGACAGGCAGUACGACGAAGAUACGGACGGCCUGUACUGCCUGUCGCGAGAAGAAGACGAGAUGCUCUGGACACAAGCCGUGCGUGCGCUGCCAGCAGCAGGGCCAGGCCUGCCAGUAUAUGUCGACUGCCUCAAACUCGGACGAUGAUCCUCGCAUGCCUCAACCGGCCAUAUCCAGGCACUUGUCACCCUCUCGCCACUCAGAGGCACCCAAUUCAUCUAUUCCAGAGCCACAGACACAUUCUCCAGCGCAACAUAAUCCCACGCUAGAAGAGCCACCCCAGGAGGACCAGUAUGGCCAUUACCACGGAAGUGCCUCGGGCUUCGCCUUUCUGCAGUCCGUCAAAGACCGACUCGCCAGUCUACCUUCAAUGUCACUCGACUUCUCUGAUUAUCCCCUUGCGGUGCCGGGCAAGCGGCCAGGGAUUCUGCCUCCCAAGGCCAUUGCGGAUACUAUAAUGCGAGACUACUUCGACUUUGGGCUGACUACUUCGCGCUUUGUCCACGAACCAACGUUGCGCAUGGCAUACGAGAGACUAUAUAGCACUCAAGGAGACGACAGCCUGACCCAGGACGAGAUCGCACUGGUUUAUAUGGUUUUGGCCAUGGGGUCGCAUUACUCGCAGACCAACAACACGUUCUGUGGGUUCUCUGCAAGUCUGCAGUUCUUCGAUAUGGCCCGGCAGGAGAUCGAGAGGGAGUCGACCAAGGUCACCCUCAGCUCCCUGCAAACCCGGCUCCUGAUGAUCCAUUACCUGCUGAACCAUUCAAGGAUGCACGAUGCCUGGUCCUCGUUUGGCAUCAUCGUUCGACAGGCCCAGGCAUUGGGAUUGCACCGUCUGUCGACAGGCCGGCCGAGCAACUAUGUCGACCACGACAUAUUCGGUCGCCCGUGCGCUCUUCAUGACGACGACAUUGACCAGGAAGAAUGCGCCUUGGUGAACGAUGACGACGUCUCCAUAUCCGAAUGUCGAGUGCACGACUCGGCGGACACCUCCUUCUGCACAGCUGCAGCUCUGAUUCACUACGCCAGGCUGGCUCAGAUCCUAGGAAUGGUGCUACGCGAAUUCUACAGCCCCAGAAGACGGAAUCACAGCCUGUACAGCCUACAGGCCGCGGCGUUGGAUCUCCAGGGACGCCUUCUAUCCUGGCAGCGAAGCCUCCCAGCAUACCUGAACUAUCUCUCUCUUCCCCCACCCGCCAUGUCGACCAUGAUCCAACGGCAGAUGUGCACACUGAAACUCACCUUCGCCCAUACAAGCCUCCUUUUGUACCGCCCGUUCAUGCUUUACUCCAUCCGAGCCAACGCGCAGAUUCCACAUGACCUCGAAGUCUGGUUCAGGAAAUGCGGCGAUCUCUCCGUCGAGGCAGCCAACCUCGUAGUCGCCGAGUGUCAGUACCUCUACGAACGCGGUCUAUUCUCUCGCGUGUUCUGGUUCGUGAACUAUGCCCAGUUCGCGGCAAUCGGGACUCUGUACAUGCACUCCUGUCUGGGGCCAGACCCGCGCAAUGUCCGAGAAGUGGCCGACAACGCCCUCGCCCAGUUUCCAGUUGGCGUCGAAGGAGACCUCAUCGGCCAGCGGUAUCUGGAGAUUCUCAAGGAGCUACAGGAACUCACCCUCGGAUUCAGUCUACUCGACGUGGGGCCUAAUUCCGCACUGCUAGAGAGCAUACCAAAGGAGCUAUCCAUAUUUGACGACCUAUUAAUGAAUUACGGUGAUCCAUGGGGGACAGGUCUUGGCCCGUGGACGAAUACGGAUAACGAUGAACUGCCGCAGCUUGAGUCGUAG